AGCAGGAGGUGGGAGGGGCGGCGGAAGGUGAGCCUAGGAAGGUGGCCCAGCGCCCCUUCUGCCCGGGCCCCUCCCCGUGCUCCCUUAGGGUGUCAGUCUCGGCUCCGCUUGCCCCCACUCCACCCUCCUUUCGAAGGGAUUGCCUUUUUUUUUCCUCUGCGGCGGCGGAAAUGACAGUGUGGUGCUGCGGUGGUGUCAUGGAGCUGCCUCUGGACUGAGAGGCGAAAACUCUUUAAGUUUAGCCCGGGAGACCUAGACGCCGGAACGUCCCGGUCUCCGUGCUGUCUCCCGUGGGGCGCGCGGGCUGGCGGAUCCCGGCUGCUGCGCGGCGGCAGCGGCGGCGGCGGCCGCAGCGGAGAAGGCGGGCGGCGGCCUAGAGUGGUGGUGGCGGCUGCGGCGGCAGCGACAGCGGCCCGGGAGCUUGCGCGGGAGCCCGAGCCAGCUUGCUGUGGAGGCCAGCGAGCGCACGGCGCUUCCCGGCGCGCGUAGGAGAUGGCUGACACCCGGGAACAAUAUGGGUGAGAGCCCAGCCUCUGCGGUUCUUAAUGCCUCAGCAGGAUUAUUUUCACUAAAGAUGGAAACACUGGAGUCUGAAUUGACCUGUCCAAUCUGCCUCGAGUUGUUUGAAGACCCCCUUCUGCUCCCUUGUGCUCACAGCCUAUGUUUUAGCUGUGCUCACCGCAUCCUGGUCUCAAGCUGCAGCUCCGGUGAAUCCAUUGAACCCAUUACUGCUUUUCAGUGUCCUACAUGCAGGUAUGUUAUCUCGCUGAAUCACCGGGGCCUGGAUGGCCUCAAGAGGAAUGUGACCCUGCAGAACAUUAUUGAUCGCUUCCAGAAGGCUUCAGUCAGUGGGCCCAAUUCUCCCAGUGAGAGCCGUCGGGAGAGGACUUACAGGCCUAGUUCCGCCAUGUCGAGUGAGCGAAUUGCAUGUCAAUUCUGUGAGCAGGACCCUCCGAGAGAUGCUGUAAAGACAUGCAUCAGUGAGGUCUCCUACUGUGACCGGUGCCGGGCCACACACCCCAACAAGAAACCUUUCACGAGCCAUCGCCUGGUGGAACCAGUUUCAGACACACAUCUUCGAGGGAUUACCUGUCUGGACCACGAGAAUGAGAAGGUGAACAUGUACUGUGUAUCUGAUGACCAAUUGAUCUGUGCCUUAUGCAAACUGGUGGGUCGUCACCGAGACCAUCAGGUCGCUUCUCUGAAUGAUCGAUUUGAGAAACUAAAGCAAACUCUCGAGAUGAACCUCACCAACCUGGUUAAGCGCAACAGCGAACUAGAAAAUCAAAUGGCCAAACUAAUACAGAUCUGCCAGCAAGUUGAGGUGAAUACUGCUAUGCACGAGGCAAAACUUAUGGAAGAGUGUGACGAGCUGGUAGAGAUCAUCCAGCAGAGGAAACAAAUGAUUGCUGUCAAAAUCAAAGAGACAAAGGUUAUGAAACUGAGAAAGUUGGCCCAGCAGGUUGCUAAUUGCCGCCAGUGUCUUGAACGGUCAACAGUCCUCAUCAACCAGGCUGAGCAUAUCCUAAAGGAAAAUGACCAAGCUCGCUUUCUGCAGUCUGCAAAAAAUAUUGCCGAGAGGGUCGCUAUGGCAACUGCAUCUUCGCAAGUUCUGAUUCCAGACAUCAAUUUUAAUGAUGCCUUUGAAAACUUUGCUUUAGAUUUUUCUAGAGAAAAGAAACUAUUGGAGGGGCUAGACUAUUUAACAGCUCCAAACCCACCAUCUAUCCGAGAAGAACUCUGUACUGCUUCCCAUGACACCAUUACGGUCCACUGGAUCUCAGACGACGAGUUCAGCAUCAGCUCCUAUGAGCUUCAGUACACCAUAUUCACUGGCCAGGCUAACUUCAUCAGCCUGUACAAUUCAGUGGACAGCUGGAUGAUUGUGCCCAACAUUAAGCAGAACCAUUACACAGUCCAUGGACUCCAGAGUGGGACACGCUACAUCUUUAUUGUGAAAGCCAUAAAUCAAGCAGGCAGCCGGAACAGUGAACCCACCAGGCUAAAAACAAACAGCCAACCAUUUAAACUAGAUCCCAAAAUGACUCACAAGAAGUUGAAGAUCUCCAAUGAUGGAUUGCAGAUGGAGAAGGACGAGAGCUCUCUGGGAAGAAGGAGCCACACUCCGGAGAGAUUUGAGUAGCGGCAGGGGUGUUAUGGGGCAGCAGAAAUAUUCAUUGACGAUGGCUGCCACUACUGGGAGGUGGUCGCGGGUUCCUCAACAUGGUGGGUAAUGCAAUUGGUACGCUCAAAUCAGCCCAAGAACGAGUGGAUUACAAGGAAUGCCUCUUCCUGGGUCUUCUCUCGAUGCAACAGUCACUUUGUGGUGCGACAUAACAACAAGGAAAUGCUGGUGGAUGUGCCCCCACAGUUGAAGCGUCUAGGCGUCCUCCUGGAUUAUGACAACAACAUGCUGUCUUUCUAUGACCCAGCUAACUCUCUCCAUCUUCAUACUUUUGAUGUUACCUUCAUUCUUCCAGUUUGUCCAACAUUCACAAUCUGGAACAAAUCCCUAAUGAUCCUGUCUGGCUUGCCUGCCCCAGAUUUUAUUGAUUAUCCUGAGCGGCAGGAAUGCAACUGCAGGCCUCAAGAAUCCCCGUAUGUGUCGGGGAUGAAAGCUUGCCAUUAAGUGUCAAGAGAGCAUGUAAGUCGCUGGCUCUCCGGUUCAAAGCACUUUACCCUU